AUGGAACGCUCGUAUUUACACUGGUAUACGAACUCCGGUGGAAAGACGACGAAAGAGAUGAAUAAAUCAUCAGACUCACCGCCGACGUCGUUCAUCGUUCUCAACUGUUUGGCUCGUGUCUCGAGAUUCCAUUAUCCAACCCUAUCCCUAGUCGCCAAGUGUUUCCGAUCACUCCUCGCCUCCCGUGAGUUCCACGUAACACGAUCUCGCAUCAGAAAAACCGAGAGUUCCCUCUAUGUCUGCUUAGACCUGUAUAGGAUGAGCUAUCCUCCUCGAUGGUACAUAGUUUCCCCGAUUACCAAACAGAAACUUAAACCCAUCCUUUCGUAUCCUUGUCAAUCAUCAACAACCGUUGUAUCAAUCGGUUCAAAGAUUUACAUGAUCGGAGGCUUCACGAAGCGUAAGAGUAGCAGGAGAGUGCUAGUACUCGAUUGUCGAUCCCAUGAAUGGCGUACACUCCCCGAGAUGCGUGUACCCCGAGAAAAUGCAGCAGCUGAUGUAAUCGAUGGUAAGAUCUACGUGAUUGGAGGCUCUAGUUCCAACGAUAUCGAGGAUUGGGGAGAGGUUUAUGAUUCAAAGACCCAAACGUGGGAGCCAGUAUUGCCUACAACACUAGAUCUCACCGUUCAAAUGAGUGUGGUUCCAGGUAGAUUGGUAAUGGGUGGGAAAGUUUAUGACAUGAAUGGAUUGGAGCUUAAGUUUCAGAAGAAUAUUUGCUUGGUGGAGAUAGAGAACAUGAUAUGCCAAACGAUGGUUUUGGAUGGGGUGUUGGUUUGGUAUGAACCAAAUGAAAAUAUUGGGUGGUGUCAUGUUGAUGGACAAGGACUGCCCGGUAAUCCAACUUCUCCUGAUUAUCUAACUUCGGUGGCCAAAUCCGUUCGAGGAACAAGAGUAACAGUUUGGUGGGAGUCGGCGGUGUUCCAUCGUCUAGGUUCCAAACCGAUCAAGGAAUGUAAAACAGAGAUUUGGUGUGCAGAGAUUUCAUUUGAGAGACGCAGUUUUGGAAAGCUUUGGGGAUUUGUUGAAUGGUCUAAGAAUGUCUUUAUUAAGAAUGAAGCUCUGAUUGGGAGAGACUUUUAA